CGCCCGGAACCGCCUCUCGCCGCCGGGGUCAUCGCAGGCCGCCGCCCGGCCCGGCCCAGCCCCGCCGCCCGCCCAGCACCUCCCCGGGCCGCGGCGGGGCCGCGCCGCCUCCCCUCGGCCGCCUAUAUAGGGGCAGCGGCCGUGGCGGGACCGCCCGGGCGGGCUGCGGUUUGAGGCUUGGAUGUGGUUUGGAAGUAAUAGAGCAGAUGUUGCUUCGUGUAUCUACAGUUUUUAAUCUGCUAGUGUGAUCACAAGUAAGAAAAAAAUAGGGGAAGGAGACCAGUAUCACUAUACCUGCCAGGAAACGGGAGACUUCACUCUGAAGUAACUGAUAAACAAGCGUGAAGCAUGAGGAUCAACUCUGCUAUUCAGGCUGCUAUUGAUCUCACAGCAGGAGCUGCAGGUGGGACAGCAUGCGUGGUGACUGGCCAGCCCUUUGACACUGCGAAGGUGAAGAUGCAGACGUUCCCCAACAUGUACAAAGGACUUAUUGACUGUUUUGUGAAAACCUAUAAGCAAGUGGGGUUUCGAGGCUUCUACAAGGGAACCACACCAGCGCUUGUAGCCAACAUUGCGGAGAACUCAGUUCUGUUCAUGUGCUAUGGAUUUUGCCAGCAAAUUGUGAGAAGAAUUGUUGGAGUAGACAGGAAAACAAAGCUCAGUGAUCUGCAGAAUGCUGCUGCAGGCUCCUUCGCCUCUGCCUUUGCCACCCUUGUCCUCUGUCCCACAGAGCUGGUCAAGUGCCGGCUGCAGGCCAUGCAUGAAAUGCAGUUGUCAGGAAAGAUAAUCCAGGGACACAAUACAGUUUGGUCAGUAGUGAAGGGUGUUAUUCAAAAGGACGGUCCCCUUGGAUUUUACCGUGGCCUGUCAAGCACUUUGCUGCGGGAGAUCCCAGGCUAUUUCUUCUUCUUUGGAGGGUAUGAACUGAGCCGGACAUUUUUUGCCUCUGGGAGAUCAAAAGAUGAAUUAGGUCCUAUUCCUUUGCUACUGAGUGGAGGUUUUGGAGGCAGCUGUCUGUGGAUUGCUGUGUAUCCUGUGGACUGUGUCAAAUCUAGAAUUCAGGUUCUUUCAAUGGCUGGAAAACAGACAGGCUUUAUGGGAACAUUUGUAACUGUUGUGAGAACUGAAGGUGUACUUGCCUUGUAUUCUGGACUAAAGCCAACUAUGAUCCGCGCAUUCCUGGCUAAUGGGGCACUGUUCCUUGCCUAUGAGUACAGCCGGAAACUUAUGAUGAAACAAGUAGAUUCUUACUGAUACAGUCUAGCAGAUGGAGAACGAAAAGGUUGUUUAAUGAUCAUUUAAAUAAAUGGUCAAAAACCUGUAGAUCACACCAUGGUCUGAGCAGGGCUAAAUCAGUGACCUAACUUUAGGAACUCAACUCCUGUUUAGGAUUUGUAAUCUUUGAAAUUCAGGUGAUUUUUAUAGAUGUGUACAUGCUGCUUGAGUUAGAUCAGCAGAACUAUCUCCAUCUUGCAGAUUCUGCACUAGGUACAUGGCACAUCAUAAAUGUAUUUUCCUGACCGGUAAUGGUGCUAAAAAAGUUUAUGUUGACCUGUCGGGUUUCAUGUAAUAUGCAGCAGUAGGCUGUGAUUUGUUUACGGCAAAACACUGUCUUAAAAUCUGUGCUGUGGUGGUGAGUUUUCCAAGUUGUUCCUGGCAAGUGUCUGACUUGAAAUAACAGCAGUCCUGUCUGAUCUUGCUGAGUAUGGCUGGCUGAUACAUAGCCCUCAGCUAGAUUCCUGCCCUUGUCUGGCUCCUUUCUGCUCUGUGACUUUCCAAGGUCAUGGCAGUUGGUGCCUGACUUGUGUAGUCUGUCCCAGUAAAUGGGCUUAUAAAAGUAGGAAGUGUUCACCCCAUACCUUGUACUUACAUGACCUAGAGCCUGACAUAUGCUGGCAUUUGAGGUAAAAAUACAUAGUUGAUGGGUUUAAGGAGUCCUUGAAAGGAUUUCAGAAAAUAGUGAAAUGCUGGAGUAUAUACUAAGCACCACUGAAUUAAGUACUUAACAUGAGGGAGACUACUGGAAAUAGCUGCUGGCUCUGAGCACAGAAUUGUAACUGCAGAUUCCUGUCUGGGUCACCCUGAUGUGAAUGAGUCCAUGUGCUCGAAGGACAGGACACUGAAGAGCAGCAGAAUGCCAGAACCAAGUUCUUAAAGACAACUGACACCACAGUCUCUGUGGUGUAGCGCACACUUGGGCUGGAGCUCUGCCACUUGAUGUGUCCUUCCAGCUGAGUGGAAAAAGCUCACAUGACUGGAUAGUUUGUAUCAUGUCCCCUUCAGGCCUGGAGGGCGUACCUGCUUGGCUGUGUUACUUGAUCAAACAUGCAGUUAGCAUUACCCAAAAUUAUGCAAAACACCUGUUUCUAGAUGCCACUUUAAGUAGGAUGUUCUUUAUACAUGCGGUGUAAGCAGCUAUUGCCAUAUCCUGGGCGAAGGUAAAGCAGGUCUCCGAGCUCCACAGUGCCUGACUUGGGCCUGGAGUUGUAUGGAAGCAUGUUGACUGUAUGCUAUAAGUGGCAGCUCACCUGGUGGGGGGCACAGGCAGACUCUUUGACCUACCAAGAUCAUCAGAGCUACACAGAUUGGCAGCUACUCCUGGCAACCACAGUUUGUCAGUGACUGACAACACUUUCAGCUGAAACAGCUCAGUUUUGCCUAUUAGAGCUUCCCUUCCAAAUCCCAGAAAGGGGAGAAAGCUUCAGGCAUAGAUCAGGAUAAAGCUUCAGGAAGCAUCUCAGUACCUGCUGCCUCAUGCAGUGGAGCCAGGGUGCACUGAAACCAGCUACACCUCUGCAUUGUUACAGCCUGUUUGAGAGGUGGCCAGGGCAGCUCCCCCAACUCUUCUGGCUUCUCCCACCUCCCUGUGCAGUGAGAACUGUUCAUCUCCCUUUCAUACACCCCUGCAAAAGGGCAGUUAAAGCAGGGCAGGGCAGAAGAAUCUUCAGUGUCUGUUGCACCAAUUUACCUCAGCUGACUGGUAGACUAGGAGCAGUAAUGCUGUGCAUCAUCUGGACUUUAAAAGGAGUUUAUGCCAAAUGUUUAAAUAAUCCAGGUAGGAGGGUAAGGCUUUAAGGGUUGUUACACUUCCCCUUCUUUUCAAAGGUGUCUAGCCAAGGGAAUGAUUAUAUUUGUACAUGUUUCUCAUAGGUAUGGAAAAGCGAUGACUGAUUCCACAUCAGUGGAAUACUUCAAUCUAUUAAGAUUUGUCUUUGCUUUCAUUUUUUAAAGCUUAUGGUUGCAGUUUUUAAUACAAAAGUUGAAGCUUCAAGAGAAGCAGGAUACUUAGCACUGAACCUACAGCAAGAAAUAGACUUGUUUUGAGAGUUCACCUUCUGAAGUUGAUGUAAGCAGUAUUUUUGCUAUUCACAGCUGCUUAAGCUGUACAUAUGUAUCAGUUGUUCAGCAAAGAACUUCAUAAUGUUGGUAUAAAAAUUCAUGGCAAUAAAGUUUGAUUUGAUUAACUG